AUGGCAGGCCUACUAUUUCGUUCCCAGAAUGACAUUGACCCUAGCGUCAAUGUCCAACACCUAUCAAGCAAGCCCCAUGUGCCGCCGUUCGUCGGCCGCAUAGGCGGCAAUCAGGGCAUUGUCCUCGAUCGCGCCGAUCCGGAUAAUGCCGAAUAUCUGCGUAAAGUGCCAGAUGCUGCUCCAUUGAUGAGUGCGCGAGAUGCCUUUAAUGUGCGCGGUUUCACCGACCUUAACCUCUGGCGUUUUGCUGUGGUGGAAUGCGUUGGUAACACCCUCCCGGAUAGAUAUCCAACCUCCUUCAUUACUGCGUGGUCGGCAGCUACUCCCGCUAAUGUAGCUCCCCCGACUCCCACCACACCAGCUGGGAUCUUUGCUACAACAGCCUUCCUCGGUCCUCUUGUCGGUGCCUUUACCAAUUGGGCACUACUGACCCUGUUCAUCUUCUCCUUCUCGGCCGUCAGUGGAAGCCAUCUCAAUCCGACCAUAACGCUAGCCACUUUUUUUGCGCGGCUUAUCUCCUUGCCACGUAUGGUUCUCUACCUCGCCGGCCAAAUCCUCGGCGGUGCUCUGGCCGGGUGGAUACUACAGUCAGCGUUCGGAUCCGGACAGUAUUCUGUCGGUGGGUGUGUAGUCGAUACCGCCCUAGUGCCGGUCCGAGAAGCUUUUGUGCUGGAGUUCAUCUGUUGCCUCAUACUGAUCUUCCUGUCAUUCGGUGUUGGGUUAGAUCCCAGACAGGUUAGAGUGUACGGGGCUGCGUUGUCCCCAUGGCUAGUGGGAAUGGUGUUGGGGGUCGUGAGCUUGGGAUCCUCGUAUACGCGGGAGGGCUAUGGGGGUGCAUCACUAAAUCCGGCGAGAUGCUUUGGUGUAUAUGUGGGAUCAUCCUUUCCCGGGUACCAUUGGAUUCACUGGGUUGGUCCUCUUGCUGCCGCUAUCGGACACGGCCUAAUUUACUACCUGGUGCCACCAUGGAAAGCAUGA